UCGGAUUUCCAUGUUUAGAAAUGCACCAAUCAGAACAGAGUAUUUCCAUCCAGCAAGCAAGCCAGCACGAAAACAAGCAUCGUGUACCGCUGGCUUUAUACUGAAAAUGUCUACCGAAAGCACAAUCGACGAGAAAUGCUAUACCGUUGACUCAGCGUCUGUCAUAAAAGCGGAGUCAGAUGAAAAUAUCGAGAAUGUCAAAAAUGCACCGAGUUUCACCGAAAUACUUACUGCAGACUUGAAGAUGUUAAGAAAUAUUUUGUUACUUCUACCUAAUGAACGUCCGGAAGAAAUAAUGGAAAUAAUAAAAGAACGCUUAGAUCAACAUUAUUAUAGAAUAACUAAUUCGGAAAAUCCAGAAUUGAAUGACGUUAUAAUUCUUGCUGAAUCUUUUGUCAGCGUAUAUCAUAUAAAUAUUAUGCAAUGUGAAAUAACAGAAAAAUAUUUGUAUUUAAACGAAUUUUUGCUUACACGAAGUUUGAUAUUGUUAAAGGACAAAGAACUGGAUAGAAAAGCUAUUAUUAUAGCAAUGGAGACAUUUAACGAAUUGAGUCACACUUAUAGUCAACAAAAAGACCUGAUGAAAUCUUUACAAUAUUUAAAUAAAGCAAUGGAUUUGUAUAACACAUAUACGAAAGGACAGGAUGACUUUCCUAUCCCUAUCAGUAUUCUAUACGUUGUGGACAAUGAAAAAUAUUCAAAUACUCUAAAUUUACUGAACAAACAGUAUAUGUGUACCUUAAUAUCUUUAAUAAUGUUAAGUGACAAAGUCAAACACGAACUAGAUCUAGAGAAAAUUAUGAUGUAUAUACAUAAGUUACUAAGGAAGCAGUCAGGUAGUGAAGUCAGUACAUAUAGGUAUAGUAAUAUAGAAUGGAUCAUAGAUGCAGUAAAAUUAGCUCAAUAUUUUUUAUCGCAUAAUCGUUUCAGUGAAUGUAAAACCUAUCUUAGCAUUGCGUGUAUUUUGAUGCGGUCAUGUUUUACCCACUAUUACUCCGAACUAAUUGUACACCUGUCUUGUGAAAAGAUGGGUUUUGUUUAUAUGUUCUAUAAAUCCACCAUGUCUUGUAUUCUUACGUGUUGGGUGCAAUAUGGACUCAUCCUUUUGUACUCAUCGAGCAAACAAAUGCUAAAAAUAAAGAAUAGAGAUAAUCUUUCUAAAGUAAAUAAUUUUAGGCCGAAAACUGCAAUAAAGUCUGUUAAAGAUUUAACAUAUACAUUAAUAUCUCCGGUCGCAGAACAAAUAAGUGAAGAAAUUAUCUAUAUAGCCGAAGAUAAUUACAUUACAAACUACAAUGAUGCUAAAAGAAUUUUUGUUCGUAUCCUUGAAUUGCUCAGUUAUCAAAAAGUGGACAAAUUAAUUUCUGAUAAGAUAGCAUCUCGUGUAGAAAUUGCACAAUAUAUUUCUAGAGCGUACAAAUAUUUAGCAUUUUAUGAACACGACAAAAUCAAGCAGUUGAAACUACAAAAACGGCGAAUAGAAACUUUAGAAGAUUGUUUAAAAACGUUAGAGGUAGAAAAAGAUCGAAUUUACUGUAUUUUUGUAUAUUUUGAGCUAGCAGUUAUUAAUUCCACUCUGUUGCAAAUGAAGAUCGAAAGUUUAGAUGAAGAUAAAUUAAUUGCAGAAGAACUAUCAGAAAUUGAUCAAUUAGUAAAAAACAGUGUGAAGUAUUUCCAGUUAUAUAUAGCGAAUUAUAACAAUGUACAGUUUGCACUGGCAAAUAAGAUGGUUGAUGAAAGGUAUAUAGUUAUUUCUAACUUAAAUAUAAAAAAUGCCUUAAGAUAUAUAAUAUUUUAGAACCCGUUUUCUCAGACUGUUAUGUAUAGUUAUGUAUAGACUGGUAUUUAAAAAGAAUUGAAAAAUGUAGGUAUAUUUUCCAGGUCAAUGAAAAUAUUUCUAAGUUAAGAUAAUUUUUAUUUAAAAGAAUCUUUAUAUCAUAUUUUUUAUAUACUUAUUUACGUAUUUAUAUAUAAUAUAUUUUAUUAUGUGCAUGCGUACGAGUAACAUUGCAUAAUAUCCAUAUAUAUACACACACAGAGUGGCUCCCACAAUCUUUACAGCUCCAUAUUUCAAAGAUUAAGAGAGAUGUAAAAAAGUAUUUUCAAUAGUUGUAGGAUAUCGAGAGAGAAAACGGACAGAGUAACAUUUAUUUAAAUUCUUAAAAUAUUUAAAUUCUUAAAUCGUGAAAAAUUCUGAUCAAAGUGAACUUUUAAUGAUAUAUGAUUUUAAUUAUAUGGUUAUUUUUUGAUAUAAAUUAAUUCCUCAAGUCAUUUUAUAUACAUAAGUGCUAGAGUAAAAUCAUCAGAAAGUGAAUCUUCUGAUAUUUUAUGUUUUAUCCUGUUCAGUACGAGAUAUGUAAUAUUUUAUAAACUAUUUACUUUUCGAACAUUCUAUUUUAAUACUUUCUUUUUCGUACGUAGAAUGAUUGUUAAAAUCGAUUAUUGUAAAAAAUAUACAGAGACUAAAUAAGAUUCCGUGCAUUUUACAAAUUUAUUGAUGCAUCGGUUUGCAAAUAUUAGUAACACCGAUUGAUUUCCCUCCUUAUUCGUACAAGAGUAUUAAGAUGAGAUGAUUGAAAGUAAAUAGUUUAAGAGAUAUUUUAUAUUUUAUAUUGAAAAAAAGGACAGAAUGUAAAAUAUACCUUGGGAAGCGUUCAUUUUUCGAUAAUUUUAUCCUAGCACUUUUGUACGCAAAAUGUGAUCAGAGAAAUCAAUUCAUGUCGAAAAAAUGUAAAUUCAUUUAAAAUGUAACGUUGAUCUUGAUAGAGUUUUUUAAAGUUAUUCCAAGGUCAAAUAAAUGUUACUAUCUUUUUUCCCUCUCGAUAUUUUACAACUUUUGUUACAGAUACUUUAUUAUAUCUCUCUUAAUUUCUAAGAUAUUAAACUGCAAAUAACUAUAUGGGCUAUCUUUUAUAUAUAUAUAUAUAUAUGUGUGUGUGUGUGUGUGUGUGUGUGUGUGUGUGU